UUCCUCCUCUAUAAAAAAUGCUUUUCAACACAGCUUUUUCUAACUUUUUUUCUUUUUCAUAAAGAAAAAAAAAAUGAAGCAAAAUUCACAACCUAAAUGGGAAGCCAAGGUUUCAUCAAAGUUAACAAAAGCUUCACCAGACAAAACAUGGGCUAUUUAUACAGAUUUCUUCAACUUUCACAAAUGGUAUCCAACUUUAGCCACAUGCUAUGGCAUCCAUGGCACCAACGGUGAGCUCGGUUGUAUCAGAUUCUGCUCGGGUUUCUCGAUCUCGUCCCAAGGCGGUGAUGGUGACAGUAACGGUGGUGGGUCCGAGAAGUGGUCCAAGGAGAGGUUAGUAGCCGUUGAUCAUAGUAACCGUGGCUUGAGCUAUGAGAUAGUGGAAAGUAAUAUUAGGUUCAAUUCAUAUGUUUCGACGGUUAAGAUUGUCCCUGGGGGUGUUGAUAAUCAACAAGGAUGUGUGAUCGAGUGGUCCUUCACCGUUGAUCCUGUGGAAGGGUGGAAAUUAGAUGAGAUGAAGAAACUGUAUGAGGAGGGCCUCCAAGGGCUGGCUAAGAGAAUUGAUGAUAUUCAGCAUACCCAUUACCAAAGCAUCUCCAUUUCUUUAUCCUUCUCUCAAAUGGCCGAAGAAACAGUUCCAAAAUGGGAAGGAAAGUCCACAGCGGAGAUAAAAACCACAACACCAGAGCAGAUAUGGCCCUUCUUAGCUGAGUUCUGCAACAUAGACAAGUUUUUCCCUUCAGUCGAUACAUGUUAUCGUAAGGAAGGGACUGCGGGUCAGCCUGGUCUGGUCCGUUACUGCGAAAGCUCGACCAGCUGGGCCAUUGAGAAGCUUUUAACCAUCGACCCCAUCAACCACUCGCUAAGCUACGAGAUCGUCGAAAAUAACAUGGGGUUCAAAGGCUACCUCGCCACCCUGAAUGUGUUGGCGGUUGAAGGCGAUGGGUGCAAGAUCGAAUGGUCGUUUAUAUCUGACCCAAUUGAAGGUAUGAAGUUGGAAGAUUUUGUUUCUUAUUUGGAUAAUACACUGCUAUUCAUGGCGAAGAAACUGGAAGAUGCUGUCCGGGCUCAAAUCUAGAUGUUGGAAAUUGUUGGUUUUUGUUGUAUGUUUUAGAAAGUGUUGUGUUUUCUAACAAUAAUAACAACGAUGAAGCUUCUAAGUUAAUGUUGGACCACGAGGUCUUGUCUGGUUUGCACAUGUGCUAAAACAUUGGAUGUCGGGUUCUCCAUUUUGAUUAAUCUUGGAAUAGAGUUUCUCUUUUAAUUUAUCCUUUUUUUAAUAGAAAAA